AUGCAUGCACGAGAGGCGAACUUAUCUUUAAAAGGGAUUAAUAAGUUAGAGUUGAAAUGGGAUGAUGUUUCAGGAAGGGAAACAAUUGAGAAGGAGGUUCUUAGUGAGUUAAUGCCAUGUAGUGAUAAGUUGAAAAUGCUUGAGGUUAAGUAUUAUAAGGGAAUAGAGUUUCCAAAUUGGGUUGGGGAUCCGUCUUUUCAUCAAUUGGUUCAUGUGUCGCUACGGGGUUGUAGAAAAUGUACAUCUCUUCCGCCGCUUGGGCGGUUACCUGCACUUAAGGAGUUGUUGAUUCAAGGAAUGGAUGAUGUUAAAGUCAUAAGUUUGGAGUCAACUAGGACUAACGAUGUUACCUUCCCUUCACUUGAAAUUCUAAGGUUUGAAGAUAUGUCUAGUUGGGAGGUAUGGUCAACCAAUAGCGAUGUAAUGUUUCCACGCCUUCGAGAGCUUCAAAUAAUCAAAUGUCCCAAUUUGAGUGAUGUCUCACUUGAAGCAUUACCUUCGCUAAGAGUUUUGGAGAUAGAGGGAUGUGGUGAAAGUGUGCUGAGAAGUCUGGUUCGAGCAGCUUCAUCAACCACUAAAUUGAAAAUAAGAUCAAUUUUAGGACUUACGGAUGAGGUGUGGAGAUGUGUCAUUGUGAAUUUCUGGGCGGUUGAAGAGCUAUGCAUACAAAAAUGUGAUGAGAUAAGAUACCUAUGGGAAUCAGAUGCAGAGGCAAGUAAAGUUCUUGUAAAUUUAAAGGAAUUGAAGGUAUGGGGUUGUAAAAAAUUGGUGAGUUUAGGAGAGAAAGAGGAGGAUGAGGAUAACACUGGGAGCAACCUCCUAUCAUCUCUUAAGAAGUUGGAUAUAGAGUUCUGUGAAAGUAUGGAGAGUUUGUGUUGUCCAAAUAGCAUUGAGAGUUUGGUGAUCCAUUGGUGUAGUACAGUUAGAGAUGUCUCCUUCCCAAGAGCAACAACAACAACAGGUGGAGGAGGGCAGAAUCUCAAGUCACUUGGUAUAUAUGGUUGUGGAAAUCUAAAAUCAAUAAAUCAAUUGAGUCACUCCACUCACCUCACCUCAUUGACAAUAAGAUAUUGUGAAAAAAUGGAGUUAUUUUCUGAUCUUGAUCAGCUAUCAAAGCUCACCAGGUUGAGAAUAGAAGGUUGUGAAAGCAUAGAGUCAUUUCCUAACCUCCAUCUGCCAAAUCUCACAGAACUGGAGAUAGUUAGUUGCAAAAACAUGAAGGCAUUUGGUGACCUGCAGCUACCAAAUCUAAUCAGUUGGAGCAUAUGGGAGUGUAAAAAUCUGGAGUCAUUUCCUGACCUUCAGCUAUCCAAUCUCACCAUGUUAAAAGAUCUAAGAAUUAGAAAGUGUCCAAUGGUUGAUGCUUCCUUUCCUCGUGGGCUUUGGCCUCCCAAUUUGUGUCUCCUUAGAAUAGGGGGGUUGAAAAAGCCCAUCUCAGAAUGGGGCAAUCAGAAUUUCCCAGCUUCCCUUGUUGAGCUAUAUUUAUAUGAUGAACCUGAUGUGAUGAAUUUUAGUCAAUUGUCCCACCUUUUCCCUUCUUCUCUUACAUUUCUGGAGAUAAACAAUUUUGAUAAUCUGGAAUCACUUUCAACGGGACUCCAACACCUCACAUCCCUUCAACAUCUGUUGAUUGACGAUUGUCCAAAGGUGAACGAUCUACCAGAGACUCUGUUACCUUCACUUUUGAGUUUGAGAAUACCUUAUGAAUGCCCAAAAUUGAGAGAAACGUGUUCAGGAAGAGGCUCCCACUACUGGCCACUCAUCUCUCAUAUCCCCUGGAUCGACAUAACAGACUAA